AUGGAAUCGACAGUAGAAGAGGAAGCUACAAAAUUUUUCUGCAACAAGUUUUUACAUAAAGACUAUUUAAAGCUCAAUGAAGAUGGAAAUGAGGAGCUCAAGGAUUUCCCAACGGAGAUAGAACAAUCUAGCUUAUUCAUAGCUAGACUAGUGUCCUCAACAUCACCCAUUGACGAAUAUGAUCACCCAAAAAUUUCCAGAAAGCGCCUUAAAGUUUCAGAUCCCUCCGCCCAAUUGGCAUCUGCAAUUCGCGGUGAUGAGCAAUCUGCAACGGAGAUGAGUUGCCAGUCUAAUGGCAACAACAGUGGUAUUCCACAUUCUUGUAAUGACGUUGGCAACAGUUACUUCAGCAAUGGACCAUCUGCUUCUUGUUCUUCUUAUGUGAGUGGAUGGAUGUAUGUCAAUGAGCAUGGGCAGAUGUGUGGUCCUUAUAUCCAGCAGCAGUUGUGCGAUGGUUUGUCGACUGGUUUCUUGCCAGAUGAGCUCCCUGUUUAUCCUAUAGUCAAUGGGACUUUGAUAAAUCCUGUUCCCUUAAAAUACUUUAGGCUGUUCCCUGAUCAUGUUGCUACAGGAUUUGUUCAUCUCACUUCAACCACAGCUUCCAGUUAUUUAAAUUCUUCUCUUACCAGUAUCCAACACACUCCUUCCCCUUCUCAAUUCAGAUGCGGACUUCCUCUGAAUGAUUUUCACUUUUUUUUCUUAUUCCAGUCAGGUGAAGAUGUAUGUUGGUUGUUUGAAGAUGGUGAGAGUAGGAAACAUGGGCCUCUCCUUUUGCAAUUGUAUUCUUGGCAUUGCAGUGGUUAUCUUGGAGAUUCUAUUAUGAUUUAUCAUGCUAAUGAUAAGUUUCUCCCCACCAACGUGUUGUCUGUUUUAAAUUCUUGGAAAGGUGGUCAGUUUGUUGUUGAAAAUGAACAUGAGUCAUCUGUCAACUUCAUAUCGGCAAUUUCUGAAGAAGUUUCUUCUGAUUUGCAUUCUCGAAUUAUGCAAGCAGCUCGUAGAGUUAUGCUAGAGGAAAUAAUCACAACUAUGAUCUCAGAGUUUGUUGCUGCAAAAAAAUCUGACAGGCAUCUAAUGGUUGAAUCGUGCAACCAAGAUGUUAAAGGUUCUGAUCGAAAACUGAUCAAUGUUGGAAGCUGCACGGGAAAACCAGCCGAUUGGCAGCACACACGGUCCAGGUUUCAAAAGGAGCCUCAUAUUGCCUCUCAAGAUGAUUCCUCAAGCAGUUUUAGCAGGAAACAGAUAGAGGAACUGCAGCAGAUUUUGAGCAGUAUGACAGCCAAGCCUACAAAUACACAGGGCUCGAAGAGGGUGAUUGGCAGUGCUAGGCUGGGCAAAGGAUUGUACACCCUUGGAGAAACUGGGAUGCUCGACUGCAAACCAGUUGAAACUCCAAUGGAGCCAGGCUUGAAAUUUUGCAAGGAGAGGAUUGGAAAUCCAGUAAACAAGGAAUCCUACCAAAGUUUAGUUGGGAAGUUAAUCUACCUGUCACUGACCAGGCCUGAUAUUGCAUACUCAGUGAGCAUUGUCAGCCAACAUAUGAGUGAUCCUCGAGAAGAACAUUUGGAAGCUUCUGGUUUCUACACUAGUGGCUCCUUUGAUCAUGGCAAGGAGACUGAAAAUGUAAAAGCUACAACUCUCUUCUCUUGGAAGGAAUUGAUGGCCCAUGAUAUUGAUUGUUCACCUGGUUACGAACUGGCUACAGUUUCUGUAGAUAAUCAUGCAGAAGAGAUGCAUAUAUCUUCAUCUGCAGUGCAGGAAACUUUAUCCAAGCAGAACAGUCCAUUGCACAAUAAUGGCCUUUAUGGUGGCAUACAAUGUAUCCUGGAAGGUGUUGAAAAUGAGCUCCAUUUUUCUGCUAUGGUGUUUAUGGCCGACUAUGUUGACAAUCUUGUUAAAAGUGAAGCCAAAAUAGUGAUUGAUCUGGAAAAUGAUGAAAAUUUGAAUGAAAAUCCUAAUAAAGAGGACACAGACAAAUCAGUCAAUUUGUCGAUAGAUGAGGAAUUGAAAGAGUUACAAAAGCUGCAAGACACGGUUGGAUCUUCCGAUCAGUGCCAUAUUUCUUCUGAUCUUGAUACUUCAGACGGUUGUGAAGACAAAAAGAAUGUUUCGAACAAAAUGACAGAUUUAUCUGCCAAUCUGAACUCAUUAGAACCACAGAAGCCUGUUUGUCAAUCUAUAUCUGAAAAUGAUUAUACUAAAAGGGAUGGAACUUUUAUGGCUGGGGGAUUUAAGAGAUUGUUUGGAAAGGUUGCGGAUGUAAGUAAUGAACAAGAAGUUGAUGAGCCAUCACCUCCUGGACUUGAGGUUAACACUGGGAUUCUUGUUCCAUCACACAUUUGUAAAUUUCGAUCUUCAGCUACAGUUCAGUGUGGCCCUAAGAUUGGAGAAUAUGUUGCCAUGGCAAUUUGUCGGCUGAAGCUCCAUGAUGAUGUACUAAGAGAGUGGAAAUCAUCAUUUGCUAGUAAUGCUAGUUUUUACCAGUUUAUUGUAUCAUGGCGUAGUUUGAAGAAACAGAGUGAGGCUGAUGGCAAAGAGGAAAAGAAGUUUUGCAAAGACAAGAAAAAUCUUGCUGGUUUUUCUGCCCCACGAGAUAAGCCCAGGGAGGGGUCAAGUAAGUCUAUCAGUUCAGGCUCCUCAGAAGUAUCUUUAGCAACUGGUACAUGUAUAUAUUACCGAAAGAAAAAGUUGGUUCAUAAGAAGGUAGGACCUUCUCAGUUCAUGAUUAUCAAUGGGUCACAUGAUCAACCUGUUGAAAGGCCUUUGAAGAAAGAGUCUUCCAAGAAUUUGUUGGAUCAUGCAGAUCCAAAACUAACUGAUGCCCCUUCUAAAAAGGUUGGGACAAAUAAAAGUAUGUCUCAAUCAUCUAAUAUUUCUGGGUCAUCAAAAGUCAUAGCUAAGAAGAGUUUGCACAAUGAUCACUCAUCACCCAAGAGUGCAAGUGGUCUGAAAAAACCAAAGGAUGCUUCUGCUGUUCGAAAAACUAAGAAGAGCUUGCUCAAUGACCACUCAUUACCCAAGAAUGCAAGUUGUCAGAAAACAGCAAAGGAUGCUUCUGCUGUUCAAAAAACUAAGAAGGGUUUGCUCAAUGACCACUCAUUACCCAAGAAUGCAACUUGUCAGAAAACAUCAAAGCAUGCUUCUACUGUUCAAAAAAAUUUGGUUGGAGAUGGUGCUGUUAAAGUCAGAGGGGAAACUGCAUCAGCCUUUCAGAAUUGUGAUGAGAAUAUUGUAGGCAGGAGUAACCAUACUGUUGGAAGUGAAGGAGAGCUUACUAAGGAUUCCUCCAAGAAAACACUAAAAGCAAAUAAGGUAUCAGGGGUAAAAAGAAAGCAAUUAAAUAAUGAUGAGCAACCAUCACCUUCAAUCAAGCUACAGAAAGUAGCUAGUGGUGGUAGCAAGUGUUCUUCAUCUAGAGGGGUCACAGAUCAAAAGACCCGCAAAAUUAGAUCCAGGACUACAAAUUCCUGUCCUAGAUCUGAUGGAUGCGCGCGAACUUCAAUUAAUGGAUGGGAGUGGCAUAAAUGGUCUCUCAAUGCAAGUCCCGCUGAAAGAGCUCGUGUUAGAGGAAUUCAGUGUAUUAACAUGAAGUAUUCAGGUCCCGAGGUGGCUGCUGCAGAGGGUGCUGAUCUCUUGAAAGUUACACAGUUGAAGGCAAGGAAAAAGCGUCUACGAUUUCAGCGAAGCAAGAUACAAAUUGAGGCUGAGGACUUUGUCAUUGAAUAUGUUGGGGAAUUAAUUCGACCGAGGAUUUCUGAUAUACGGGAACAGUAUUAUGAGAAGAUGGGAAUUGGUAGCAGUUAUCUAUUUAGACUUGAUGACGGAUAUGUAGUUGAUGCUACAAAGCGUGGUGGGGUUGCUAGAUUUAUAAACCAUUAUUGUGAGCCUAAUUGUUAUACAAAAGUUAUUAGCGUAGAAGGCCAGAAGAAGAUAUUCAUUUAUGCAAAACGUCAUAUAGCUUCUGGCGAAGAAGUUAAUUAUCACUACAAAUUUCCUUUGGAAGAGAAAAAAAUUCCUUGCAACUGUGGUUCAAAGAAGUGUCAUGGAUCUUUAAACUAGCAUGCACACAUAUAAUAUGCCAUCCCCUUGAUUUGUUACUCAUUUUGAGAAGUCAGCAACAAUUUGAUGCCACAUGCUUGAGCAUGCUCAUUGGCAGAGAAGCUUGGCUUGGGUUCUGUUAAACAUUCUCAAUGCCUACUUGGAUUGUGCUACCAAAAGUUUUGGUGGUGAAUUCACCAAUGUGUUUUGGCAGAGCACUUGAAAGGGUAUAUUGGCAAUUGUUUUUUUAAUUAUUGAAUUAUUUACUGAACUAGGAUAUGUUUGACGGCCUUUUUUAUAUUUUAAUUUAUAGCAAUCAUCUAUUCCAGUCUUUGGCCUGUGGUUUGAGGUUGAGAAUAUUAUGUGAUCAACAGCUUCAGAUUUGACAUCUUUGAUUGUAUCCUGGGUAUUUAGGCUAUCUUUGUUAAAAAUGAAA